UGCGAUUGCAAAGAUGUUCCUAAGAGGCUAUUGGUUGCAGGUGGUGCUCGCCUGGGCGGUGGUGGCCUUUGCCACUGCCACCGUUGUAGUGGCGGUGCAGAAAGCAAAGCUGGAGAAGGACCUUCGCGAUGUCCAGGACAAAAUCGAUAUUUAUGAGGAGUGGAACGGAGCGAGUCGUUAUCGCAUGAAACGUGAAGAUACGAUUGAUUACCGUCUGCCCACGGCUUUGGUGCCGACGCAUUACAACCUCUAUUGGCACCCAGAUCUGGAAACUGGCAGUUUCACUGGACAGCUGAGGAUUAGCAUCAAUGUUGUUGAAGCUACCAAUCAGAUUAUUCUGCACUCCUAUCUCCUGGACAUCACAAAUGUCUAUGUGCUGAAUUGGGAAGUGGACAACUAUGUACUGGAGGAAGAACGACAGUUUCUGAUCAUCACGCUGACCGAAGAGAUGCCGGUGGGUGCUAGUAUUACCCUUGGUAUCCUAUUCGGUGGGCAGAUGAAGGACAAGCUAGUGGGUCUAUACAGUAGUACCUAUCUAAAUGAGGCAGGAGCUAUUCGAACCAUUUCAACCACAAAGUUUGAGCCCACCUAUGCCCGUCAAGGUUUCCCAUGUUUUGAUGAGCCAGCAUUGAAGGCCACAUUUGACAUCACAGUAGUGCAUCCCACUGGUUCUUACCACGCCGUUUCCAAUAUGCAGCAAACUGAUUCCAUAUAUUUGGGCGAUUACACGGAGGCCAUCUUCGAGACCAGUGUGUCGAUGAGCACCUACCUGGUUUGCAUCAUUGUGUCGGACUUUUCUUCCGAAUCAACCACAGUCAGGGCUAAUGGCAUCGGUGAGGACUUCUCCAUGCAGGCAUAUGCCACAUCCCAUCAGAUCAACAAAGUUGCAUUCGCUUUGGAGUUCGGACAAGCUGUCACGGAGUACUACAUCCAGUACUAUAAGGUGCCCUAUCCUCUGACCAAACUGGAUAUGGCUGCCAUUCCUGAUUUUGCCUCUGGAGCAAUGGAGCACUGGGGAUUGGUCACUUACAGGGAGACUGCUCUGCUGUACGAUACAAGCUAUAGUUCCACGGCAAACAAACAGUCGAUAGCCGGAACCUUGGCACAUGAGAUUGCCCAUCAAUGGUUCGGAAAUCUGGUAACUAUGAAAUGGUGGAACGAUCUGUGGCUGAACGAAGGUUUCGCUCGCUUUAUGCAGUACAAGGGAGUCAACGCUGUCCAUGCGGACUGGGGAAUGCUGGAACAGUUCCAAAUUGUGGCCCUGCAACCCGUGCUGUUGUACGAUGCCAAGUUAUCUUCUCACCCAAUUGUCCAGAAGGUGGAAUCCCCCGAUGAAAUUACUGCCAUUUUUGACACCAUCAGUUAUGAAAAGGGUGGAUCCGUUAUCCGCAUGCUGGAGACCCUCGUUGGUGCUGAGAAAUUCGAGGAGGCUGUGACCAAUUAUCUGGUGAAGCACCAGUUCAACAAUACUGUGACUGAUGAUUUCCUGACCGAAGUGGAAGCAGUGGUAACUGACGUGGAGAUCAAGAAACUGAUGCUCACCUGGACCGAACAGAUGGGUUAUCCAGUGUUAAAUGUAUCGAAGGUGGCCGAUGGCACCUUCCAGGUUACCCAGCAACGAUUCCUCUCCAAUCCAGCCAGUUAUGACGAAGCUCCCGAAGAUAGCACUUACGGUUACAAGUGGAGUGUACCAAUUACCUAUGUUGCUAGUGAUGGCUCAGAGGGCAGCUUAAUCUUCGAGUACGACGUUGACACCGUGACAAUUCCCGUGGAGAGCAAUGUGGAAUAUAUCAAGCUGAAUUCCAAUCAAACUGGUUACUACCGUGUGAACUACGAGGAGAGUCUGUGGACUCUGCUCACCCAGCAACUGACCACUAGUCCCGAUCGAUUCGCUAUCGCAGAUCGUGCUCAUCUCCUAAACGAUGCCUUUGCUUUGGCAGAUGCCAGCCAACUUUCCUACAGGGUUCCUCUGGAGAUGACCGCGUAUUUGGCCCAGGAGCGUGAAUUUGUGCCCUGGUAUGUGGCUGCCAAUAAGCUCAGGGCCCUUCAUCGUAGUCUGAUGUUCAGCGAGGGCUACGUUUCGUACCUCACCUAUGCCAGAAGCUUGAUUGCUGGGGUCUACGAGGAGGUCGGUUGGACUGUGGAUGCCGACAAUCAUUUGAGAAACCGCCUUAGAGUUUCCAUCUUGACCACCGCCUGUGCUCUAGGUGUUUCAGAUUGUUUGGAGCAGGCUGCCCAGCAUUUCAACGCCUUCCUGCUGAACCCCACUAGCCGACCUUCACCCGAUCUUCGUGAGAUCAUCUACUACUAUGGCAUUCAGCAGUCUACCAGCCAAUCGGAUUGGGAGAAGUUGUUCGAUAUUUUUGUGACCGAAACUGAUGCCAGCGAGAAGUUGAAACUGAUGUACGGAUUAUCUGGCGUAUUGGAUAGCCAAUUGCUGUACAACUUCCUGGUUAAAGCGGGUAACGAGACCAUUGUCCGGUCCCAGGACUACUUCACCUGUGUGCAGUACAUAGCCGCCAAUCCUGUGGGUGAACAUGUGGUUUGGGAAUUCUACCGCGAGAAAUGGCUUCAGCUCGUCGCUCGCUUUGACCUUAACAACCGCAACUUAGGUCGUCUUAUUGCCCAGAUCACAGCUAACUUUGCCAGCUCUGUAAAGUUGGAGGAAGUUCAGCAAUUCUUCAUCAAAUACCCAGAAUCGGGAGCUGGUGCAAAUUCCCGUUUGGAGGCCGUGGAGACCAUCAAGUACAACAUCGAGUGGCUGUCCAGUAAUCAUGCUGACAUCACCGACUGGCUAAGUGGAACGGCCUCGCCGCUGACCAAGAAAAACCUAUUGUAAAAUAUAUGUAUAAAAAAAAAACAAGCCAAUUAACCACUAAUUAGAAUUGCAUAAGAAACCUGCGAAAAUUCCGUUUGAGUUCAAUAAAAUGAAAUUCCAAAAUCAAACCAUAAA